UUGGCAACCCUACAGAUUGUAGGGCCACCAAUAUUCAUCGAAAUAUCUUUCCGCGUAUCUUCACAAAUUAAGUUUACCGACAAAUGGCCCCAAGUUUUCUUGAUGGAAACUCAAUGUUCAAUUUUGUUGUCAGAGAUGGGAACGGUGUCAAGGGCAUGGUGGAUUUUGGUCUAUCAGAGGUGCCGGAACAAUAUGUGCAACCACCAGAGGAAAGAAUAGACAAGCUUAAUGCUACCGUACAUGACAACCCACCAAUUGAUUUGUCAAAGCUAGAUGGACCCGACCAUGACCAAAUAGUGGAGGAAAUUGCUAGGGCGGCAGAGACUCUUGGGUUUUUCCAAGUGAUGAAUCAUGGUGUGCCUGUGGAGCUGCUCGAGUCACUUAAGGAUGCUGCAAACAAUUUCUUUGGCCAACCUCCUGAAAAGAAGGCUGUCUACCGUAAAGGUGUGAGCCCUAGCCCAUCGGUGAGGUACGGUACAAGUUUUGUGCCUGAUAAAGAGAAGGCAUUAGAGUGGAAGGACUACAUUAGCAUGCGUUAUACUACUGAUGCUGAAGCUCUUGAAUAUUGGCCUCAGGAAUGCAAGGAUGUGGCGCUGGAGUACCUGAGGACAUCAAUAAAGAUGGUGAGGAAAGUUCUGGAAAUUCUGAUCGGGAAGCUUGGAGUGACUUUGGAUGAUUCAAAGAUUGAUGGCCUAAUUGGUUUAAAGCUGGUUAACAUGAACUUUUAUCCAACAUGUCCUAAUCCAGAGCUUACUGUUGGCGUGGGGCGCCACUCAGACAUGGGCAUACUUACUGUAUUAUUGCAAGAUGACAUUGGUGGUUUAUAUGUUAAAAUGGAGGAAGAGAUGGAUGGCAAGAGAAAGGGAGAUUGGUUGGAGAUCCCUCCGGUCCCUGGUGCUUUGGUCAUCAAUGUUGGUGACACCUUACAGAUACUAAGCAAUGGAAGAUACAAAAGUGCUGAGCAUAGAGUGCGUACUACAAGAACCAAGUCAAGAGUGUCCAUCCCAAUCUUCACGAUCCCAAAAUCAACGGAGAGGAUUGGACCAUUGCCUCAAGUAGUGGAGAGAGAUGGAGUUGCUCGUUAUCGGGAGUUCAUCUUCGAAGAAUACAUGAACAACUUCUUCAGCAAUGCUCAUGAUGGAAAGAAGUCUCUUGAUUUUGCAAAGAAUAUAUGGCCUGCUUGAUGCAAUAACUUCUUUUUAUAUAUAAUGUAUGCCUGUGUGCUAAUAUGUUCUCUUAAGCUGAUCUUGUCAUUUGUCAUGGUUUUUGUUUGUGCCUAGCUUGCUAAAGCAUCUCUCCUUGAAAUAAAACCCUUCCUGUCC